GCCUCCGCCCUCCCGGCGCCCGGCCCACGUACAAAGGCGCCUAGCCCGCGGCUCCCCUCACCGCCCGCGAUCCAGCUCGCCCAGCGUCCCCGCCGCGGCUCCCGGCCCAGGUUCCAACAGACCUCGCCAAGAUGCCAUCUCAGAUGGAGCACGCCAUGGAAACCAUGAUGUUUACAUUUCACAAAUUUGCUGGCGAUAAAGGCUACUUAACGAAGGAAGACCUGCGCGUCCUCAUGGAAAAGGAGUUCCCUGGAUUUUUGGAAAAUCAAAAAGACCCCCUGGCUGUGGACAAAAUAAUGAAGGACCUAGACCAGUGCCGAGACGGCAAAGUGGGGUUCCAGAGCUUCUUCUCCCUCAUUGCGGGCCUCACCAUUGCGUGCAAUGACUAUUUUGUAGUGCACAUGAAGCAGAAGGGAAAGAAGUAAGCAGCCUGGAGCGACGCCCCCUGCCCCGACUACAGUCCUCCCAGAGGGUCCCUUGAAGAGCCCGCCCCACAGCGACCCCUCCUACAAGGAUUCCGUGAGCAGAGCGGGACCCUUAGAAAAUGCCCAAGUGCAAACCAACUCCCAUUUGACAGAGAAAGAAAAGUUAAUCAAAUGCCAGAUAAGCUUCUGAGUUUUGUAUUGUUUGCAUCCUCUUACCCUCAAUAAAUAAAAUUCUUUUUUUUAGUGCUACACUUGAGAUAGAAUAUCUUUUGCUUCUUCAGAAAUGCUUGUUCCUGCUUCCUGGGUCCUUGGGCAGCCAACACACAGCCACGCGCGCGCUUGCCACAGAAGUGGUAAAAUGGAAGGGUUAGGAGGAGGCUCUGUGAGAAUAUAGUCUGCUUACAUAAUGCCCAGGCGUGGUCUGACGCAGUUAGCUUUUCCAGCCUGAGAUGUGUGAACCCAUUUUUCAGGGCAGAGUUUCUCCAAAACUCAGUCCAGAAGAGAACCGGUCCAAGGUAACCGCAUCACCAGCACCUCUGGAUGUCGGGAAAUGUGCUGGGCACGACUUACACUUGGAAGAGUCGUCUUUUUGUUGCAGAUGAAGUGCCGGUGCUGGAGCCUUCGUGAGAUAAAUGUUCUCUGUGCUUUUCUACCCCUGUUGCAAGCUUUAGCAUACAUGCGUUACAUGCUGAUUGCUCAUGGAUUUCCAUGUUUUUUGCACUAAAAUAAACAUA